CCAGGAGCACCAUCAACAGAGUGGCUACGCGCCACAUCUCGCGAUGAAAUGGAUUAAACGCGAUAGUUUUGAGCUGCCCCUAAACUUACAAUCACAGCAGCACAGCAGCAGCCCCAACGGCAGCAAUGGCCGCUUUCCGCCGAGUGGCAGCUUUGGCUGGCAGGCUCAGCCUGUGGUCGGCGGCAAAAAGCGAACCGGUGGUCAGUCGGUGGGUGAAUGCCGCGACGAGACGGAGGUCUCUGGCAGUCGGGGCUUGCGUUGCGGCGGGAGGGGCCGUGGCUAUUUACUUUUACAAAGACAUAAGCGGUAUAGACAGGAAAAGGAUGAAGAGGCAGAGCAUCAACGGCUUGCUGCCGUCCAUCCCGACUGUCGAAGCCAAAGAGAAGGGACGUCCGUUUGACUUUGAGGACGGAGAUGUGUACAUGUCAUCUCAUGAAUAUCGUUUCCGCAUGUUUAGCUCGGUGGAAUAUGACGGACAGCUGUACAUGACACCGCAGAACUUCAUCGAGUCUGUCACCAUGAGCGAACCAAGAAACAAGAAGCCCUGGAGGUCCCUGACCAAACAGGAGCUGGAGAAAAUUCUGUCUGACACCCCCCCAGUAUGGAGAGGAUCCUCUAAACUGUUCCGCAACCUUAGAGAACGAGGCAUCAUCUCGUACACAGAAUACCUGUUCCUGCUCUGCAUCCUGACAAAGCCUCAUGCUGGCUUUAAGAUUGCUUUCAAUAUGUUUGAUGCAGACGGCAACCAGAUGGUGGACAAGAGGGAGUUCUUGGUGCUUCAGGAGAUUUUCCGGAAGAAAAAUGAGAAAAAAGGAAGGAAGGGAGAUGCUGAGAAGUCAGCACAGUUGAGUAUGCAGCUGUAUGGAUAUCAGGUUGCUCCCAUGAACAGCGUGCUAAAAAAAGACAGUCAGGAGUUUGUGGCCCGGAGUUACUGGGACGUUUUGAGGCGAAGUGCCGCUCAAGUCCUCUUUUCUGACCUGGCUGAGCGAUCAGAUGACUCCAUCACAAUUGACACCACGCUUUUGGUCCAUUUCUUUGGGAAGAAAGGAAAGGCAGAGCUUACUUUUGAUGACUUCUACAGGUUUAUGGAUAACCUCCAGACAGAGGUUUUGGAAAUAGAGUUUCUGACCUACUCCAAGGGCAUGACCACCAUCAGUGAGGAAGAUUUUGCCAAGAUUCUGCUGCGCUUCACCAACGUGGAAAACAUCAGUGCUUACCUGGAGAACGUCCGCCAGUGCAUUCCUGAUGAAAAGGGAAUCACCUUUGAUGAGUUUAGAUCAUUCUUCCAAUUCCUCAACAACUUGGAAGACUUUGCCAUUGCCAUGCAGAUGUACAACUUCGCUUCACGUUCCAUUGGACAAGAUGAGUUUGCAAGAGCGGUGUAUGUGGCCACAGGCCUCAAGCUGACACGCCAUCUUGUCAACACCAUAUUCAAGAUAUUUGAUGUUGAUCACGAUGACCAGCUGUCCUACAAGGAGUUCAUCGGCAUCAUGAAGGACCGACUGCACAGAGGAGCCAGGGGCUAUAAGUCAGUGGAGCGAGCUACCUCCUUCAAAUCCUGCCUGAAGAAGGAGCUGGCGAGCAGCAGGUAAAGGACCAACACCAUGCCUCCUUUUCCAGUUGUGUUCACACUGAAGCAAGAAGACAUGUGCACAAACUGUGGAGGAGGUUUAAGGAGAAGCCGUAGAGGAUGGAAAAUCUAACCGAGCUGUCCCCACAGCCUCAGUUAGCAGCGGUGUGUUUUCCAGCGCAGAUAUCCUAAUCGGAUCAUCGUCAAAAGCAUGGCCGCACUGACUGAUCCUCUCUAUGAUGAUCAGUUGCCAAAACAUUCCCCAUUCAGCCACAUCAGGAUUUGAUGCCAAUUAUCAUCUCACCCAGAAGAAACUCACUGACAGAUGAGCACUACAGCAACUUUAAUUAGAGGAAUUUCAUCAAUUUUUUAUUUAAAUUUCUCACUGUAACAACUGCAAAGGCUGCUCUAAUCAAAUGUAUUUUUUUAAUUAAUCGAAUGAUGUAACCUGUUUCCUUCAAGAUGUUAAACUGCUGCACUGCAAAUUUUAACAAGAAAAAGAGCACAAGAAUUAUUUGACACAUUCUGUUUGACUAUGUUUACAUUAUUCAUGUAAAGUUAAUUUAAUGUAAAUCAGAAGCUGCACAUCAGUAAGAAUUUAAGAACUCAGUUCAAGUGAGGUGCUUCAAAUAUGUUUUGUCCCUAUGUUGCAAAGGUUGUUUUUUAUAGCACUUGAUAGUGUGAAAACUACUGCUACAUUAAGGAAUGCCUUAUUAUUUUCCAUCUGAAACAGCAGUUGAGUUGACAUUAAAUUGACAUUAAAUUAAAAAGUCAAUAUGUUAUCCUUUACUUCCUCCCUUGUUUGUGUUUUAGUCUCAGCUGCAUGUAUGAAAGCAAUAGGUGCCUUCUUACCAUUCCUCUUUUCACAUGAAAAGUAUUCAUCUCCAGACUUGUACAGCAUUUUACUCAUUGAGUUGCUGCCAAUGCUAUGUAACUGUUAUAACACAUUGUUACACAUGCUUUAUUUGUAUUAUGUGAUUAGUACUACUCCAGAUUAUUUACUACAUAACAUUUUGAUAUCUAGAAAUAUAUAUUGGGAAAGAAGACCAACCAGAUGUAAGGAAUGCUAUAUUUGCCAUGAUGUCAAGAAUGUUUGUAAUAUUAUUUUGUUCUGUAAUUGUUGGAUUUGGUGAUUAAAUGUGCAUGAAUUAAUUAUUUUAAGACGCGCCAAGAGUCAGA